CCUCUCUCUCAUGUGACCUUCACAUUCUCCUCCUUCGCCUUCUUAACCUGAGCCGAUCCGUAUACAUCCCGCGCACGUUAGCAAGCAACCUCUUCUUCCCUUCCUCUUCACCGUCCACUCAUCCAUGGCCGCCAACUCCGCCACCGCCACAGUUCAACCGUGUCGGAUUCGGAUUCUGAAGGAAGGCUCCAAGCUGGCCGAUCAAAUUUCCGGUCCCGUGGUUUACUGGAUGUUCAGAGACCAAAGGGUUAGAGACAAUUGGGCGUUGAUCCACGCCAUUGAGCAUGCCCGCAAGGCCAGUGUCCCCGUGGCCGUCGCGUUCAAUCUGUUCGAUCAGUUUCUUGGCGCCAAAGCCCGCCAAUUAGGGUUUAUGCUGAGGGGCUUGCAGCAAUUGCAGAGUGAUCUUGAAGAAACGCAUCAAAUUCCAUUUUUCCUCUUCCGGGGAAAAGCUGAGGAGACAAUUCCCAAUUUUGUGGGUGAAUGUGGGGCUUCACUUUUAGUAACAGACUUUUCGCCGUUGCGGGAAGUCCAGAAAUGUAAACAGGAAAUUUGCAAGGCAGUUAGUGAUUUUGUGACGAUACAUGAAGUUGAUGCCCACAAUGUUGUGCCAAUUUGGGCAGCAUCAGUAAAGUUGGAGUAUAGUGCUAGGACUAUAAGGAGUAAGAUAAAUGUAAAGCUUCCUGAGUACCUUGUUGAAUUUCCUAAGCUGCAGCCACCGCUUACAAAAUGGGUGGGUGUAAAUCGGUUGAUUGACUGGGAUGGCCUUAUUGACGAAGUUUUGAGGAAAGGAGCAGAAGUUCCUGAAAUUGAUUGGUGUGAAUCGGGAGAAAAGGCGGCAAUGGAAGUUUUGAUGGGCAGCAAAAAUGGUUUCUUGACAAAAAGGUUGAAGGGUUAUUCGUCGGAUCGAAAUAACCCUUUGAAACCAGGAGGACUUUCUGGUCUUUCUCCUUAUUUGCAUUUUGGGCAAUUAUCUGCACAGAGGUGUGCCUUAGAGGCACGCAGCAGACGGAAACUCUGCCCUGAGGCAGUCGAUGCAUUUUUAGAGGAGUUGAUUGUGCGCAGAGAACUUGCCGAUAACUUCUGCUUCUACCAGCCUCAUUAUGAUUCAUUACAAGGGGCAUGGGAAUGGGCUCGCAAGACGUUGGCAGACCAUGCUUCUGAUAAGAGAGAGCAUAUUUACACGAAGGAACAAUUGGAGAAUGCACAAACAGCUGAUCCUCUUUGGAAUGCCUCCCAAUUGGAGAUGGUUUAUUAUGGGAAGAUGCAUGGGUUUAUGCGGAUGUAUUGGGCAAAAAAGAUCCUUGAGUGGACAAGAGGACCUGAAGAAGCCCUUGAAAUAUCCAUAUACCUAAAUAACAAGUAUGAAAUAGAUGGAAGGGAUCCAAAUGGAUACGUCGGUUGCAUGUGGUCAAUCUGUGGUGUUCACGACCAGGGUUGGAAGGAACGACCAAUUUUUGGGAAAAUACGGUACAUGAACUAUGCAGGCUGCAAAAGGAAAUUCGAUGUCGAUGGGUACAUUUCCUAUGUCAAGAGGAUGCUUGUUGAAACCAAGAAGAGAAAAGCAGACUGCCUACUCAGUAGAAGGCCAAAGAACAUUGCACUUAGUGCUUCGAUCUCUUGAAGUGAACGUGUAGAAAUAAUAGUUUCGAAAGACAGUUGAGUUGCAGACCCUUCCGUAGACCCGCAACCUUGUUGGUGCAGGUUUUGUGUCGCUUGGAAUGCACGACUGGACUCCUUUUCCUUUCCUCUUUUUGGUAAAUGUAUUUAUUCAAUCUAAAACAAAAUGUUUUAUUUGUAUUUUGUAGUGAGUUUUCCUAUGAAAAACAUGACAUAGAUAACAUCCCAAUGCCUUAACCUUGAUAUAGACAAAUUCUUAAAACGUUUAAUUGGAUAGUGCUAUUCAUACA